AUGCUAGAACUGAUGAAAAGUCAUGGGGUGGAUGCCUAUCUUACAUUUACUUCUGAUGAUCACCUGAACGAGUACCGAGGAGAAGGAGAUGAAAGAGUCAGGUUCCUAACAGGGUUCUCUGGUUCGAACGGAAUAGCAGUGACGUGUUCGCAUCCUGUUUUGUAUACAGACUCGAGAUACUAUAUCCAGGCAGGCAACCAGUCGAAGAAGUACAAGCUCAAGAAGAUGGAAGAGGAUGAGGGGAUAGACGAGUAUCUUGAGAAGGUGUGCAAGUGUAGGCGGGUUGGGAUAUGCAAGAGGUUGAUUGGGGCUCAGAAGUACGAGAGUCUAGAGGCCAAGCUUGGAGCACGGGGAAUAGCUUUAAAGCCGGUUGACCAGGACCUGGUGGACCUUCUGUGGAAGGAUAGGCCGAAGAGGGUUUUUAACAAGGUGUACAGCAUUGAAGGAGAAAAGUUUUGCAAGUACCAGAUGGAGCUCGCAGGACUGUGCAAGGACCCCGCAUACAAGGAUGCACUAAGGAAUGGCAUGGCUGGCAAUGAUGUCAGUGUUGUCGGAAAGACAUACAAGGAUAAGCUAAAGGAUAUAAGAUCGCUUCUUGGGCCUGAUCAGACGUUAAUUGUUACAGAGCUUGACACUAUAGCAUGGAUGUUCAACCUGCGGGGAUCUGAUAUUCCUUACAACCCUGUGUUCUAUUCAUAUGCAAUUCUGUCCAAGGACUUUGCAAAGCUGUUUACCAACGAAAAGGACAUCAGGCUGGAUGGUGUGGAGAUUUGCCCUUACGACGACUUUGAAAGACAUGCCGCCAUGGUUGGGGGCGGCGCCGUUAUUUCUGGGGAAUGCAAUGCAUAUGUCAAGGAUUUAUUCAAGGAUGCGGAGUACUGUAGCAAGAUAAGACAUCUGCAGUCGCAGAAGGCGGAGAUAGAAAUUGAAGGAUUCCGCCUAUCCUAUGUCUUUGAUGGGAUGGCCCUUGUAGAGCUAUUUGAGUGGAUAGACCUGAAUCUCGAGAAGGGGAUAUCUGAAAAAGAUGUCAAGGAGAAGUUGGACGAGAUCAAGAAGAGAUUUUCUGGGUAUGUCCAGCCAAGCUUCGAAUCCAUUGUAGGAGGAGGUCCAAACGGAGCGAUUGUCCACCACAAGGCAGGCGACAGGAUUAUGUCGAGGGACGAGCUUAUUCUUAUCGACAGCGGGUCGCAGUACAUGUUCGGAACCACGGAUACCACGCGCACCCUGCAUCUUGGGAAUCCAAGCGAUGAGGAAAGAAAGAACUACACCCGCGUUCUGAAAGGACAUCUAAGGUCUAUGAGGAUGAGGUUUAAAUCCCACAUGCAGUCGUCGGUCCUGGACUCGCUGUCUCGGAUGGAUUUGUGGGGCGAGAAGCUUGAUUAUGGGCAUGCUACUGGACACGGAGUAGGGCACUUUCUGUGUGUGCAUGAGUCUCCCCCGUCCAUUUCCUAUUCGAAUGGCCUUCUGUCGCCUGGGCAGGUAUUCUCAAUCGAGCCUGGAUUUUACAAGGAGGGCGAGUAUGGAAUAAGGAUUGAGAACCUUGUAUACCUUAAAGACAUUGGCGACAAGUUUUAUGAGAUUGCAAACCUGACUCUCGUCCCAUACCAUCUUGGGCUUGUAGACACUUCCAUGAUGUCAGAAGAGGAAAUAGGCUACCUUGACAGGAUCAACAAAGAAAUUAGGUCUGCCCUGGAGCCUCUUAUGAGGGGAGGCCUUGGUUACAGGUAUCUGAUCGAAAACACUGCCCCCAUCGGAAAAUAA